ACAGAAGAAACUUCAAGCAGACGACACAUAUAAAAGAAAUAUUCUGAGAAGACUAGAAUAUUAUUGAUAGCAUCAACAAAUACUUCAUUCACAAUACUUCAGGUAAUUGAUCUGCUAAAAAGAGAAAGAAUAAAUGUAUUAAACAUUGAUUAGAAAGUCUUUUUAGCAUUGUUAUUUCUGAGAGAAAUGAUCAUGACUUGUAUCUAUUAGUAUUUUUAAAUAAUUGCAAAUUCAUAGUUUCUUUAAAGAAAUUGUAAAAUUAAGAUAAUUUCUGCUGUCAUGUAAUCUGUGUUCGCUAAAGGAACAUUUUCAAGAAAAACCAAGAAUGAAAGAGAGAGAGAGAGAGAGCUCUCUUACUUUUGUUUAAAAGUCACUUCUUAACAAGAUGACUUGCUUUUCUGAAUUGACCUUUGUUCCUACAGCAUAAAUGGCAACAAAAAAAAGGGUCGCAAUCGUAACUGGAGGAAACAAAGGUAUCGGGCUUGCUAUCGUUCGGGGACUUUGCAAGCAAUUCGAUGGAGAUGUAUAUUUGACAGCUCGAAAUGAAGAGUUGGGCAAGGGUGCCGUAGAACAAAUGAAGCAGGAAGGUUUAACAGCAAAUUUUUUUCGUUUGGAUAUUCGCAAUGAGGGUCACAUUGAGGAUCUCAAGGCACAUUUGAUGGAUAAAUACGGUGGUUUGGAUGUAUUGAUAAAUAAUGCUGCUAUAGCCUAUAAGAGAGCUUCUACUGUACCUUUUCCUACGCAAGCUAAAGAUACUAUUGAAACAAAUUUUACCGCAACGUUACGUAUUUGUGAAAUUCUUUUUCCCAUUUUGAGACCAAAUGCACGGGUAGUUCAUAUAUCCAGUAGGGUAGGAGUGAUGGCGUUUAACAAAACAUCCGAUAAGAUAAAAAAUUGUUUUAAAAAUGUUGCAACAACUGAUGACCUAAAAACUUUGAUAAAUGAUUUUUUGAAAUCAGCAGAAGAGGGAACUCAUACUGAGAAGGGAUGGCCAGCUAUGGCCUAUGGAGUUUCGAAAUUAGGAGUUUGUUGUUUAACUGGUAUUCAACAGAGAGAAAUGGAUAAUGAUGACAGACAAGGAAUAUUAAUAAACUCGAUGUGUCCUGGUUUUGUGAACACGGACAUGUCCAGUCAUAAAGGUUUCCUUACACCAGAUGAAGGAGCCGAUACAGCUUUAUACUGUGCGCUUCUUCCAGAGAAAACUGAAGUACCGAAGGGUAACUUUGUAGUGGCUAGAGAAGUCAAUCCUGACGUCCUCACAAUAAAGCAUGCCCUGGAAGAUUACAAGGAGCUAUUGUUACCCCUUAGUAGGGUUCUUGAGUGGGAAAAGCCUUAUCAUUCUCUUUCCCUAGUAUCAAGCAUCACUUUUGUGUUUGCUCUCAUAUGGUAUGCUCAACCAUCUUUCCUUACAACGAUUGCUCUCUUGGGAAUACUGUUUACAUGCAUUGAUUUCAUGGGGCCUAUAGUUCUUUCUUUUUUUUUCAAAAAUGAAAGAUGGUCCUCAGAAAAAGAUGAAUCAUACGAACAGAUUUGCCAGCGGAUUGCAAAUGCAAAACGGCAUUUGCAAAUCUUCUUCACAUGCAUACAACAGAUGAAAAAGAAAAACCCUACAGUGUAUUUAUGUGUUACAUUGGUGAUUUGCUGUGUCGUUGCUUGGAUUGGAAAUCUUAUUGACAACUUAUUUCUCACUUAUCUGAUUGUUCUUAUUGGAGCUUUGGUACCAGGAUUGAGAAAGCAUGGAAUGCUUCAAAAGUUUACAGGAUUUUGUGCUAGUCAAGUGGCUUCAAUCUUGGAAAAAGCUCGAAACAGAAAGAAAAAACAAUAG